AUGGAGGGAAGCAGCUGCGACAGCAGAUAUGAACUGUGCGGGGCCAAAACCGACUAUCCGAAAUCCCGAACGUGCAAUUCCGAUGCGGCGAACAGCGAUGGGUUCAGGCUGGCCGUCGUCUAUGGCUGGGAUGCACAAGCCACCUAUCGAUCGGUCGGCCGGUCGAGAAUGUUCGCAACUUCUCAGUCCGGUUACUUCGAACGACCGAACUCAGGAUUUUCCAGCUGGGUGCUACGGAUGCCCAGUUUUUGCUGGAUCAGUGAAAAUGUCACCCUGUUUCUGUGGCAAUAUUUCUCGUUGCACAAUUCCCGCACACCAAUUGAAUCAACAACCCUGGUCCGUGGUCUAGGUCCGAUCAACGACGGCAGGGCAGGAGAAACGGGUGGGUCGCCCUUUGUCGUCGAUCGAUCGAGAACACCGCGGCGGCUUGGUGGCUGCGAUAGGAGCCGGGCACGAUUUGCUCGUUUACAGUUAAAUGCUAAAUUGAAUGAAAUUGAUCGUUUUCUUCGGUCUUCCCCGAUCCCGGGCAUCGACAGCAGAAUCAUCAGCAGCGCAACAGCAGCCGCACUAACAACAACACGACGCCGCACGGUGGGUCACCGGUGGCAACCGAAACCAGCUAGGAUGUCGGUGUUCGCAGCGGAAAAGUCUUCAGUUGCCGAUAUGUCUAUAGAAAUGACCGUAACUAUCAAUCAUCUGAAAUGA